GAAGCCCCCCCCGGAAACGACAUCAGCCUCCACUAGCAACAGUUUCAAAGCGUUUACACCGUUUCAGACCGAAAAUCAAAACAACACAGGACAGCCUUACUUCACGGACAACGAACGCAGUAAUCACCGUACACGGUUUUCCGCGGGACCAACAGGCGGCCCAAACGCGAAGAAUGGCGAAUUACCGGGCGUUUCACACCCAGCUCGCGACCAUCAUGGAGACGCUGACUCGUGCGGCGGUGGCAGAAAUCUGCGAGCUUGUGGACGACGGCUACGCCGUUUUACACAUCGAGAUCUCACGCCACCAGAAAGAAAACGAAGAACUCCGACGGAAACUGCAGCUUAUAGAGUCCAUCGUUGCGGCGCGGGGGUACAGCGACGAAAAAACUGUAGCGCGAGACGGUCGGUGUGAUGGUAGUGCUCGCGAAUCGCUAGUGGGCAGAAAAACGCCCGGAGGCGGGGAGUCCACCAGCCGGGGUACAGUGGCAGAGAUGCUUGAGUUUCGUGAGGAAAGAGAUUUGAUCCAAAUGCAGAUCAAAGAGGAAGGUCUCGAGCAGCCGCCGCUGGGAGAUGAUGACGACGAUGAGGAUGAAGGUGAAAGUGUUUCUGCAGUAACUCACGACUCUCCGAAACCAGAUGUAGCUGAACUUUCGGGACAGGAUUCUCACACACUCUCCCACUCCCCUGACCAUGACACACACUCUCACACUCUCACGUUUGCAGACACACACUCCGGCGCUGAUGAGUCCCAGCACUCCAGCAUCGACUUGGCUGCUUCAGAUAAUGCUUCCUUCUCCCUUGCGCAAACCUCGUUAGAUGCACGUGCUUCCCAAGUCCAUCGAGUGUUUCAUGAAGACUUGUGCAUGAAGGCUGAUAUGGAUCCGGUAUCUGAUUGGGCCACGCACUCUGUCCGUAACACGCUCACACACUUGCAGACCUCUCCACAGAGGAUUGGCGGGUCAGACUCUCUCAUAUCCCAUAAUUCUCCAUUGUUUGCUGCACAGCGGCUCGUUGCUCUGGGUAACGUCUCAGGGCUGGGUCUCUAUGGCCGGUUGGGUGCUCUACGGACAGGUGAAGCCGGCAAGCGACACUUCAUCUGCUCGAUCUGUGGGAAGUGUUUCACCACAUCGCAGAGUUUGGACACACACAUGCGCAUUCACACUGGAGAACGGCCGUACCGCUGUGAGCAGUGCGGGAAGCGUUUCACGCAGUCCGGGCACCUCACUGCUCACCAGACUGUCCACACCGGAGAAAGACCGUACGAAUGCACCCGCUGUGGAAAACGAUUCGCAGGGAAACAGUACCUGCGCAUACACACCAAGAAACACCACCCUGACUUGCACGCGCUCUCUCAUAUACAGACCCACACACAGCAAGACACGUUACCCUGAAAGAUACACAUGCUCACAACAGAGAGUGCAGGACACCACUUUUGAUGUUUUAGUAGUUUUAAUAUAUUUGAUAUAUUCUGUUGAUGUUUGCAAGUGUCCUGCAACCACUGAGAGUUUAAAAUAAGAUGUGCAGCCAGUUCCAAGUGUAAUGUUGCAGUGUUCAGAUAUUUAAACUUUAAACAGGUAAUUUUGCCAAACCUAAAGCAGUGAGAUGCAUUAUACAUUAUGUAUACAUACUGCAGGGAGACCAUAUGAAAGCCAACAUUAGAAAGCUGGUGUGAGCACAUUAAGACUCUGAUACCUUCAACAUGAAAUACUCACUUUGACCUGAAUAGCAGAUGUACCUAAAAUGUACAGGAUGUGUUGUUCAAAGAGUUUAUGAUCUAAAUUAGAUAUAAUUAUAGAUGAUAUAUUUAUAUUUGCAGCUAGUCACAGCAGAAACACUAACUGGAUUUGUCGGUGUUGUAUUUAAUAGAAAUAAACGGUUAAUUGAGUUUCAAACAGUUAAUUGCAUCUCAGA